AUGUCUUCAACCUAUUCAGCCUCGUCGCUGAUGAUCGGGCCUCCACCGAUGAUCAAAGAUGACAUAGAUCCCAACUGCUGGAACUUCACCUACGGCAACUGGCGCAUUCAAGAGUUUUACACACCAAACUACCCCGGCGAGUACCUCAACAACACUGACUGUGUCCUGUACUUGGAAG